UACUCACUUCCAGAUAGUGUAUGGAAUAACCACAGAAUUUCUGGACGCUGUCGCACUUUUCUGAUUAUUAUGUAUUUGUUUUUCUGCUUCUGAGCAAACAGUGCGCUCGGCGAACAGCAAAAGGAAAGCCGCGAAAUAAAAGCAGAAUUAUUUUCAAAUUUAUUGCAAAGAUCAGAAAAUUGCAAGCACCAAGAAGUGAUUUAAUAUGCCUCCGCUGAAAGGAGCCGGUUUGCUGUGGCUGCUUUUGCUUCUGCUAUGCGGCAAUAGAUGUCGCUCCUCGGAAAUACUCGUAAUUUUUCCGCAUGCCAGCGAGAGUCAUUUUGCAGUGUUGCGCACCUUGGUUAACGAGCUGGUCGAUCGCAAGCACAAUGUAACUGUUUACGGUAGCCAUGGAUUGGGCGAACGCUUGGAGAACGUAACGGAGAUUGUUACACCAGAAUAUGACUUCUGGAGCAAAUUGCAACAGCAUGCUGCUCCCGGUGGCAACCUGGAUGAUUUGAGCCGCUUGGCAGACAGCAAGUUACGCAGUUCUUUGGCCCAUGUCGGUGCCCAAGCUAUGGAUAAUUUUCUCUCCCAGCAGCCGCUGCAGGCUUUGCUGCAGCUGCCAACGGAUCAGUUUAAUUUCGAUGUUAUUAUCGUGGAUCUAUUCUACACAGAGGCUCUGUUGGCACUUGGCCAAAAGCACAAUAAGCCCACCAUUGGCAUCGUUAGCACUGACUUUGGCAGUUACAUGAAUGCUGUGCAGGAAUCUUUGGUCCCAGCUGCCUGCUCACCGAUUGAUUUCGAACAGUAUACUGCUGAUAUUGGGUUUUCAACACGGUUGGGUAACAUCCGCGAUUGCAUUGCAAGACGCAAACGUUCCCACAAGGAUCAUUAUGAGGCUCAGGAUCAAUUAAUAACUAAACAUUUCAAAACAACAAAAACAGUUGUGGAAUUGCAAGCUCAUCACUUGUCACUGCUGCUGCUGAACAAUCACGUGCCCCUUUUGACUCCCCGACCGUUGAUACAGCAGAUUGUGCCCGCCGGCGGUUUGCAUAUACGUGGGCCACGUGAAUUACCCUGGAAUAUCAAACGUUUUAUUGAAGAAUCUCGACCAGGCGUUAUCUACAUGCAGCUAGGUAACGAGCAGCUUUGCGGCAACCUGCCCAAACAAAAGUUGGCGACACUUUUUGAGUUUCUGGGCGCACGCAAUGAGCGUGUGAUUUGGACGUGCCACGAUGUGAAGAAACUAGAGGAUCAGCCCAAGAACUUGAUGAUUCAGCACGCAGUGCCUCAGAUUGACAUCUUGGCGCAUCCUGGCGUGCGUGCCUUUAUCAUGAAUGGAGAUUUAUUGAGCCUGCAAGAGGGUAUUGUACGGCAUGUGCCGAUGCUGGGAUUACCAAUAUUUGAAAACGAACGCAAGAAUAUGCAGCUGGCAGUGAAUUUAGGCAUUGCAUUGCAAUUGGAUUCCACGAAUAUUACCACUGCAGCACUAAAUUGGGCUCUGGACGAGCUGACGACACAGCAAAAGUAUCAGUUGACCAUUCGGGAAGUGUCCAGUGAGUUCCGGGAUAGACCACUGGGCGCAGUAGCUAGUGCUAUGUUCUGGGUGAACUAUAUGGUACGGCAUAAGAGUGGCGCUGCGUUAAAAACACGAGGUAUAGAUAUUGCCUCAAGUCAUUUGCAUCUAUUCGACUUGUUCACAUUCUAUUUUGGUGUGGCGAUUGCGUUUUGCGCACUUUUACUGGGCGGAUACUUUGCCGUUGUUUUUGUUUUAAACAGAAAACAAAAUGAGGCAAAGUACUCAAAAUUAAGUUAAAUGUACAUUUACAACCAAAAACUUAUUAAAGCCAAAGUGAACUAAUAAAGAAUGAAACUCAU